ACACAGCUGCGGACAUUAUUUAUUAUUUUGAAACGUGAAAUUUCGAUUGGUUUUUCUCACGUCAAAUUUACUUUUUGUACCGUUCGCCAUAUAACCAUAAGGGUAUUACAUUCUCACAUUCUCUGUUUUGAUCCGAUCAGCAAUCAAAUUUCAGCCAAUAGUUAAUUACUUUUUAGGUGUUUCUUUUAAUAUGCUUAUCUGAAGAUAUUUGCCCUUUCAAAAUCAAAUCGGAGCAAAAAAAAAAUUUUUUCCACUUACCACAAGUAGAUAGAUGUGUAAAUUAACGCCUCCCCUAUAUAAUUUUCUUAUAUAAACCAAUCGAGUUACCAUAAAAAAUUGAAAAGCAUUUAUUUCAAAUUAUUUGCUUUAAAGGGGUUAACUCAUAGUCAUGAAAUUUUCGCACUCAAUUCAAUUUAAUUCAGUCCCUGACUGGGCUGACCAUUACAUUGCAUAUUCAAAUCUCAAAAAACUUAUCUAUCAAAUCGAAAGAGAUAUUUUUUCUCCAAAUGCUGUUCGAAAUGAUACUGAGGCAGCAAAUUUGGAGUCCGAAGAGUCUCCAUUGUUGAAUAAUAAGACUCGUGCAAAUGCAAUAUUUAUGCCUGCACUUGAUAAAGAACUCGCAAAAAUUAAUGCUUUUUAUUUAAAUAAAGAAAAAGAAUUAAUUGAAGAAGUUAGUAGAUUAAUUUCAGACAUCGCUGUAUUUGAAAAUCUUGAAGAUAAUGUAAGUAUUCGCAGUAAUUCUAUAGCUUUGAGCAGAUCUUUUCAGUCUGGAGAAGGAUCACAUCCACGUAGAAGACGUUCUAAUUCUCAACUUAGAAGAAAUAGAUCUACCUCUGAUGCUGCUGUAUCAUUCGUGAGCAGUGAUGAUGACGAUGAAGAAUUUAAUUAUUCACAUCAAACAGAUGGUGCAAGAAAUUCAACUGAUACUGACGUGAUGGAUAAUCGACUUUCUUAUUUAUGGGCUCCAUCGUCACUUGAGGAACAGAGAAUACGAUUAAAGAAACGCACAAUUGAACUUUUCGUUUGGUUGUCAGAACUUAAAUCAUUUGUUUCUCUUAAUUAUACGGGUUUUUCAAAAAUUUUGAAAAAAUAUGAUAAAAUAACUAAUAGUAAUAUUAAACUUAAAUCAACUUAUCUUAAUAAUGUUGUUAGUGAAUCUUAUCCAUUUAGACAGUCUAAUCGUCAAAAGGUUGAGGAAAAAAUUUCUAAAGUUCAAGAAAUUUAUGCAAACUUAUGUACUAAUGCUAAUAUGGACAUUGCUAUUAGUGAGCUCAAAGCUCAUUUGAGAGAGUUCAUAGUUUGGGAAAGGAAUACAAUUUGGAGGGAUAUUAUUGGUUUAGAAAGAAAAUCUCAUGCUGUUGGAAUAAAAGAACCAGUUACUAUAGAUCAUUCUGUAGGUAAAGGGUCUAAUAUUACAACACCUUUUGGUGAGGUUAAUGUAUCAAACACCUUCUGGAAGAACAUCUCUCUUAUGUUAAUAUUUAUUGGUGUGUUCAUCUUCCUACUAAAUAUACGUUUGUUCGAAGGAGUAGAAGAAAAUAAUUGUUUUGCAUUAUUGGCAUUUGCAAGUUUAUUAUGGGCAACUGAGGUUAUACCACUUUUCGUUACUUCACUUUUAGUUCCUUUGUUGGUUGUUUGUUUACGAGUUUUACGUGAUGGUGAUGAACGUCUUUCAGCACAUGAUGCAACAAAAAGCAUAUUUCAAGCCAUGUUUUCACCGGUUAUUAUGUUACUUUUGGGAGGUUUUGCUAUCGCGGGCGCAUUAAGCAAAUAUCAUAUUGCUAAAAUGUUGGCAACUUACGUAUUGUCUAAAGCUGGAACAAAACCUAGUUUUGUACUUUUAGCAAAUAUGUUUGUCGCAACUUUUGCAAGUAUGUGGAUAAGUAAUGUUGCUGCACCAGUAUUGUGUCUUUCAAUUAUUCAACCAAUCCUUAGAAAUUUACCACCUAAUAAUUCUUUUGGACGUUGUCUAAUUCUUGGAAUUGCAUUAGCUUCAAACGUUGGAGGAAUGGCGUCUCCGAUAUCAUCACCUCAAAACAUUAUCGCAAUUGAAAAUAUGAACCCAUAUCCUACAUGGGGUCAAUGGUUUUUCAUAGCAAUUCCUUUGUGUAUCAUUAUUGAUAUUUUGUUAUGGAUCUUACUUCUUUGGAAUUAUGAACAAAGGAAAAGUUCUUUAAUGAUCCAUCCGAUCAGAUCUUCUAAAGAUCCUUGGACUGGAACACAAAUAUUUGUAAUCAUAGUAACAGUGGCCACUAUUUUACUUUGGUGUGUAGAAAAAAGUAUGGAAGAUUUUAUCGGUGAUAUGGGAGUCAUCGCUAUUGUGCCAUUGGUUUUAUUCUUUGGUACAGGCAUUCUCACCAAAGAAGAUUUCAACAAUUUCUUAUGGACCGUAAUCAUACUUGCUAUGGGUGGUAUAGCUCUUGGUAGGGCUGUACAUAGUUCAGGGUUAUUACACACUAUUGCCAAGAGUAUACAAAACGAAAUUGGUGAUCUACAUCCAUGGCACGUUUUGGUUAUAUUCUCCGUACUUGUGCUUGUAGUAGCAACGUUUAUUAGCCACACUGUUGGUGCUUUAAUUAUUCUACCUAUUGUUGCUAAAGUCGGUGAACGAUUAAGCGAUUCACAUCCAAACCUACUUGUUAUGGGAUCAGCAUUCAUGUGUUCAGCAGCCAUGGGCUUACCAGUCUCAGGAUUCCCAAAUAUGAAUGCAAUUAUGAUGGAAGACGAAAUGGGAGUAAGAUAUUUAUCAGCAAUUGAUUUUAUAAAAUCGGGUAUCCCGGGAUCAGUUCUUGCAAUGCUUUGUGUUGUCACGAUCGGUUAUGUAUUAAUGUCGAUUGUAGGAUAUUAACAAAUUAUAAUAUUAUUUAAUAUAUAAUAAUAAUUAUAGUGUAACGGAAAGCUAUAUAUAGAUUGAUCUACAAAUUAUAAUUUUAAUAUUACUUUAAAGGUAGAUUUAAAGUUCAGUUUCUUUGUAUAUAUAAAUGAGAUACUUUUUUUUUUUCCUUUUAAAAAAAAAUUUUUUUUAAAAAAA